AUGGUCGAUGUUGUCCUGGUCACGAAAGUGGAAGGUUUAGACACCAGCGACUUCCAAAAGUGGACGCCGCUCUUCGUCCACUUCCUCGCUACUACAGCUGCCACAAGACCACAAUACGUAACACCACAACCAGAAAUCCUACCACUCAUGUCGCAACCUGAACAAGAGAUGGUGCUCGAGACACUCUGGAAUCAGAUGGAGACGCUCGCGACAUCUGGCGACAAAGAAAACGGAGUCAAAUCUCGUCGGAUUGCGCUCCAGCUCAUCAGCUACUCCGGCCUUCCACUGCUCUAUCGCAUUCGCGCUCACAUGACACUGGCUUGCGGAGACAGCAACUAUCUCUGGCAUGCCCAAGAGGCCGUCCGCCUCGCAGAAAAGGGUAUCAAGGUGUUCGGUUCGGACACGAAGAAAGACGCAGGUAUUUCAGAAACCCAGGCCAAGGAAGAGAAAGAGGCGGAACAGGCUCUGCUCGAAUGUGCCAGAGAGACUCUUCGCGAGGCCGAGAAGGACUAUGCCGAGCUUCGGAGUAUCACCGAAGUCUUCAAUGAUAGCAAUGCGACAAAGUGGGCCGUCACCUCUAGAGGCGAUGGAGUCGUAAACGGUUCCUCAAAAUCUGUCCCUACAGGAUAUGCCCAACAUGCCAGCGACUGCGAAGAGCCUGUCAGCGCUUCGCUAGAGGACAAUUCCAUCCAUUCUGGUAGCAUUGACUACGACUCUGUCGAUAGCGCACCUACUGUCAACGUCUCAAGGCCCAGCGAUACAUUGCAUCUCCUGAAAUGA